CUUAAAUUAACCCCUCGGCGCAGACACAGAAGAAACUGAGGAUUCUUGUUCACAAGCUUUCCGGGAAAGUGGGAAUUGUUUCAUAUUGACAUGUACAGCCAAGAACACGAAAUGGACUAAUCUUCCCUCUACUUUUUCUUCAUUAUUCAGACUUCAAUAUUACGAAAAACAACUAAUCCAACUCACACACCAUUAGUCUGUUCUUGGGGCAUCUGAUGUAUAUAUGUUUUGCAGUUCUCGUUCAUUAGAAUCUUGAUAUAUGUAGACAAACUCACACGCACAGACAACAUACUGUACUUCAUCUCAACAUUUGUAGUGUCGCAAGAGUCAAAUCUUGUACAAAAACCCAAUGAUGCAAGCUUCACGUAAGACACAUGUUUUCUUGAUAUUUGUCCACUGUUUGGUCUCCCUGUCCUGGCGGGUUUCAUCAGUCGACACGCUCAAACCAGGAGACAGGCUAAACUCAUCAUCUCAAUUGCUUUCUGCCAAGGGGAUUUUCAGCUUAGGAUUCGGUAUCCUGGACGAUGGUAAUGCUUACAUAGCAAUAACUCAUACAAACAGCAUAUACUUUCCCGUGUGGAUUGGCAACAGGGAGCAGCCUGCUUUCGGAGGACAGGAUCCGUUUCUCACUUUGGACACCACGGGGAAGCUGAUUAUCGGGCACGGUAUGAAUGCCAGAGCAUCCAUCGAGCUAUAUGCCGGAGAAUCAAGCAAGAAGAUUAUUAAUGUGUCGGCCACUUUGUUGGAUACAGGGAAUCUUGUAGUAAAGGAGUUGAGUUCCUCAAAUAAUGAAGUGAUCUUAUGGCAAAGCUUUGAUCAUCCUACCGAUACUCUUCUUCCAGGGAUGAAACUGGGCGUCAACCGCCGGACUGGAAGAAAAUGGAUACUCACUUCAUGGUUCGGGCCUAAUGAUCCGGCCCCUGGAGCUUUUACUCUCGAAUGGGAUCCAGAUGUAGGCAGAUUGUUAGUCAGGCGACGAGGCAUAGUUUAUUGGACGAGCGGAAAGCUGAAGGACUACUACGAUGAUUGGUCCGGUUUGAGAGUUAAGGAGUUUGACAAUAUUCUAACGAAGCCGGAUCCUGCAAACUUGAACUACAACUUCAGCGUUGUGAGGAGCGGUGAUGAGGAAUACUUCACGUAUUCGCUCAUAAAUGUACCAGAAUGGACGCCUGACAACCGAAACGUUUCAGGAAUAAGGCUGGACUAUCAGGGGUAUAUAUAUGACAGGGACAGGCCUACUAUUGCAAAGGCUGGUUUUUGUUAUGGUUAUGAUGAAACUCACGCCAACCCGGGCUGUGAAUUAAGAGAGCAGCCCAAGUGCAGGAAUGACGGUCAGACGUUUGAUUUUACGUCGGGGGAGUUUAGGCAUGUGAAUGGAACACCAGCUCCGGCUGUUUAUGACAGUAAUUCAAGCCUCAGUAUAAGUGACUGCCGAGAGAAGUGCUGGAAUGACUGUGAAUGCGUUGGCUAUACGAGUGGUAAUGUAAGUGGUUGUGUGUAUUGGAGAGGCACAGAUUUGGAGUUUGUGCGGACUAAUCCUCCUGAUGAUUCACUGCCUGAUACAUAUGUUCUUGAUUAUUCUGCACCUUCAAGCCCAGGAAAGAAGAGACAUGAGAUCAUCCGUGUUGCAGUAAGUAUAACAGUCCUGCUGUUCAUCUUGGGCACUAUUGUUGCUUUGUUCGUUAUGGGAAAAAUUAAAAAGGGGAAAAUAUUGACGGAAGAUCAAUUCGAUGACCUGCUGACACUAGACGGAUAUACAGAAACUUACGAGCUUCAUCAUGCAGGAGCUAAGAAUUAUCAUAACCUUAGAUUAUUUAGUUAUGCAUCUCUGCAGUCUGCUACAGACAACUUUUCCUCGGACCAUAAAUUGGGACAGGGUGGUUUUGGCUCCGUUUACAAGGGAAAAACAUCAGAAGGUCAAGAUAUAGCAGUAAAGCUUCUUUCACGACAGUCUGGACAAGGAUUUCUGGAAUUCAAAACUGAGCUCAUACUCAUAUCUAAACUGCAGCAUGUGAACCUUGUGAAACUACUUGGCUUUUGCAUUCAUGGACACGACAAAAUGCUAAUCUACGACUACAUGCCUAACAAGAGUCUCGAUUUCUUUCUCUUUAGUCCAUUUGAUAAGGAGCAACUGAAUUGGCAGCAGCGAUUCAACAUCAUCGAGGGGAUUGCUCAAGGACUACUCUACCUUCAUAAGUACUCACGGUUGAGGAUAAUUCAUCGAGACUUGAAACCAAGUAACAUAUUGCUUGACAAAGAUAUGAACCCGAAGAUAUCUGAUUUCGGUCUUGCUAGAAUCUUUAAGCAAAACGCAAGUGAAGCUAACACAAACAGGCGUGUCGGGACUUAUGGUUACAUGGCUCCUGAGUACGCAAUGAAGGGUAUCUUCUCUACAAAAUCAGACGUGUAUAGUUUUGGAAUUAUAGUACUUGAGAUCGUGAGUGGUAAAAAAACAAUAGAUUCCACCAAAUGGAAGGCCCGCUGGACCUGGUCGAACACGCGUGGGAGCUCUGGGGAAAAGGUUUCGCACUAGAAAUAAUGGAUCCGACAUUGAGGGCUUCAUGCGUUGCAGAUCAAGUGCAACGAUGCAUCCAUGUCGGGCUUCUAUGUGUGGAAAAUCAUGCAGUCGAUCGACCCACGAUUGAAGAUGUCGUA